ACGGGGGAUGAGGGAGACCUGGAGCUGGAGGAGGACGACGAGGACGAGGAGGACCACCUGGUCUCACUGCUGCUGCUCUCCUCGUCUUCCUCGUCCUCCCAGCCACUCCCGCUGCUGCCGGCGCUGGGCUCCGUCCUGCUCCCGCCCGCCUUCGAUUCGCAGGAGGCAUUAUGGGGGGCGCACGAUCCUCAGGGCAUGAUGGCGGCAAUGCUGUCCCACGCUUACGACGGCGGCGGCGCAGUGGGCCUCAGUGGCGAGCAGACGGCACUGCUCCGCCGAAAGAGCGUCAACACCACCGAGUGCGUGCCCGUGCCCAGCUCUGAGCAUGUGGCCGAGAUCGUGGGCCGCCAGGGUUGCAAAAUAAAAGCACUAAGGACCAAGACAAAUACUUACAUUAAGACCCCUGUUCGUGGAGAAGAACCCAUCUUUGUUGUCACUGGACGAAAAGAGGAUGUAGCCAUGACCAAAAGGGAAAUUCUCUCAGCUGCUGAACACUUCUCUAUGAUCAGAGCAUCACGCAACAAGAACGGUCCUGCCCUGGGAGGCCUACCAUGCACCCCUAACCUGCCAGGUCAGAUGACAGUCCAAGUCAGGGUGCCUUACCAUGUAGUUGGGCUGGUGGUUGGACCAAAAGGAGCUACAAUCAAAAGAAUUCAGCAACAGACCCAUACCUACAUAGUCACCCCCAACAGGGACAUGGAGCCAGUCUUCGAAGUCACGGGAAUGCCUGAAGAUGUUGACCGUGCACGUGAGGAGAUAGAGAUACAUAUAGCCAUGCGUACUGGGAGCUACAUCAAGCUGAAUGAAGAGAGUGAUUUCCACUACAACGGUACAGAUGUGAGGUUUGAAGGAGGCACUCUCAGUUCUGCAUGGCUUGCUUCUAACCCUGUCCCUCUUAGCCACACCAGAAUGAUUUCUAAUUAUAUGAAUGACAGUUCCAGCUCCUUGGGAAGUGGCUCCACAGAUUCCUAUUUUGGAAGCAAUAGCUUGGCUGACUUCAGCCCAACGAGUCCUUUCAGCACAGGCAACUUUUGGUUUGGAGAAACACUGCCUUCAGUGAGCACGGAAGACCUUGCGGUUGACUCUCUUGUGUACGACUCCUUACCAAUGCCUUCCCAAACCAUUUGGACUCCUUUUGAACCUGUAAACCCUCUCUCUGGCUUUGGUAGUGACUCUGUUAGUAAUGCCAAGCCUCAAAGCCAAGGGAGCCGACCAUCUACUCCUCGCCUGUCACCCACAUUUCCAGAAAGCCUGGAUCACCCACUGUCUAGGAGAGGGAAGAGUGACCCACCUAGCGCUGGCCACCCAGCAGGCCUUCUCAUCUACAUUCCUGCAUUCUCCAAUGGCACCAACAGCUAUUCAUCUUCCAAUGGUGGCUCCAUGUCCAGCUUGCCUCCUGAGUCGAGACAGAAGCACUACUGCGUGAUCUGCUUUGAGAGUGAAGUAAUUGCAACCCUGGUCCCCUGUGGCCACAAUCUCUUCUGUCUGGAGUGUGCCAACAAAAUCUGUGAAAAGGAUACACCAUUGUGUCCUGUUUGCCAGACAACUGUUACUCAGUCAAUUCAAAUCCACUCUUAAAUAUAUAUAGAUAUUAUUAUAUGUGGACUUUUAAAGACUCUUAAAGGCGUGGGUGUAAUGGUACCCUCUAGUAAACUUUCUAAUGAAUUCUGACUUGGGCUUUCUUGGGAUUAGGCUGAACUUAUACUUUCUCAAAAGCCUGCUUUGGUAACACUAAACCUAAGUGGUCUCUGUCCGGUUCAGUGUAAGCAGAUGGCAUGUUUAGCAGAUACAUCUGGUGUAAUGUUAUGGCACAGUGAGGGGAAGUUUUCAUAAAUUGCACAACAGAAAAAAAACAAACAAACAAAAAAACAAAUUUUGCAGGCUUUUCUAAAAGAUCUCUGUUAAGUGUUUGACUUCUGUGUGCUGGCAGCAAUGAACCUUGUUGUCUAAAUGCAAAAGUACUCAUCUGCCUUGGAGGGUAUGUGGCAUUAUUAAUGUAUCAAACAACACAAUGCUGUCUUCUACCAGUUUUAAAAAACAAGUUUGGGGAAGUAUUUUUUCCUUUGUGUGACAAUUUAUGUCUAAUUCUUCAGCAUUGCAAAUAUCUUUUGUUUUAAAGCAUAGUUUAGUUAUUGAAAUGGAUUGCAUUAUUGGCAGGUUCAGAUAAUAAAUUACAGUAAGAUGGGGAGAGAGAAGCUACCUGACAUACCUCCAUUUUGUCUUUGAUAAAGGCAGUAUGUUCAGAGGAUCAGGACUGUCUCAAUUUGUGAAUUCCUACCCACUGCUUUUCUUAGCGUAAUAUGGAAAAAGUCUGGCUGGUUUCAUCCAUUUAUAGUAAGGGCUUUGGGAUGCACAUACUUUGACUUAUAGUGAUGAUGCUGACAUUCUGUUCAUUAGUCUGAUCAAACUGUUCUUUAAAUACCUUUUGAGAGAGUAUGUAAAAAAUUCAAAGCAUUUUUAUGUUCAAUUCAUGUCUUACUGUAGUGGAUUGACCUUGGCUGGGUGCUGGCUGCCCACCAAGCUGCUCUAUCACUCCCCAACCAGACAGGGGAGAGAGAAUAAGAUGGAAAAUGACUCAUAGGUUGAGAUAAGGCAGUUUCCUAAAGCAGAAGCAAAAGUUUGUGCUCACACAAGCAAAAAGGAAAAUAAGAAGGUUUAUUCUCUACUUCCCAUCAACAGUGAUGUCUGACCACUUCCUAGGAAGCAGGGCUUUCAAAACGCAUAGUGGUUUCUCAGUAGGCAAAUUGUAAACAAUGAAUGCUCUCCCCUUCCUCCUCAUUUCCUUAGCUUUAUACCUGAGCUGAGGUCGUAGGGUAUGGAAUAUCCCUUUGGUUAGUUUGGGUCAACUGACCUGGUUGUGUCCUGUCCCAGGGUCUUGCCCAUGAUUGGGGAAGGAAUGUUACAGUGUGGAUGCUGUGCUCAGCAGUAGCCAAAACACCGAUGUGUUAUCAACACCUUUCUAGCUACCAAUGCAAAGCACAGCAUUGUGAGGGCUACUAUGCAGAAAUGAACUCAAUCUCAGCCAGACCCAAUACACAUAUAUAUUUUAUUUUUAGUAUGAAAAAGGGGUUGUGUAAAUAAAUACCCUUGUAUUAUUCAUGACAGCAGCUGUGACAGUGAUCCUGCAAUCAGUUUACUUAAUUUCAAAACUGUCUUUCCAAAAAGAAAAAGAAAAAAUCCCUUGAAUGAGCUUCUUACAUUUCAACCUGUGGAUGUUUCUAGCUUUUUCAUCCUCAGUACGUUCCCAAAUCUACUAGCAUAUAUUAAAACAGAAAAAACAAACAAACAAAAGACACAAAGAAGAGUUCAAAUGUAUUUUUUUUUUAUUUUUAAAGCAUUAUUAUCCCAAGACAAAAAAAAGAAAUUGUGUAUUGAACUAGUAAAUAUACAGAAAACUUUAUUUCCACUUGAAGAGUUACAUUUCCUAUAAAAGUUUACAAAUAAAUGUUUUUAUUUUAUAAUUUUCAUUAUAAGAGUUGCCUUGAAGGCAUAUUAUGUACUGCAUAAUUUUAUUACUAUAAUUGCUUGUAGAAUGGUUACGUCAGUAUUGAAACCUGAUCUUUAACUGCAGUCUUGUAGAUGUGAAAAAAUGUUCACCAAGUGUGUAUUUUGUUUUAUUGCAUUGUACAUCACAACUAAUAAGCCAAGGAAUCAACAGACAUUAGGUGCGUUUACCACUUCUAUAAACCACAAACUAAGAAUGAUAAACUAUUGAUCUAGCUUAGUAUUUGCUAAUUUUACUACACUCUUUGUUAUGUAUAUGUAGGGAGGUCAUAGGGAUUAUAAAUUCAAUUUUAGUAAAGUUUAAAAAUUAUAUAUUUUAUGAUAAAGGCCCUUUAACUUAUGAUGGCCAAAGCACUGAUAUUAUAUAUUUACUGUAAAGAGAAUUAUGAGAGUUUUAUUUUUCUGAUAUUAAAAGUUACUUAAUAAAGACUUGUUUCCAUUAACUUAAAUGUUUUGCUGUCUUCAUGGUUGUCACUUGGAGCAGCUCAGGGAGGCUGGGGCUGACUGCUAUCCCCCACCCAUCCUGGGGGUUCCUGGUGCUUAGUACUUCAUGUGCAGGG